UGAAUUUUAUUGUAAUCCUCUUUGAGAGUGUGUAGGUCCAAUUGUUCAAUAAUAAUAAUAAUAAUAAUUAAACGUAUAGUCUAAAAACACACUAAAAAGUCCUUCACCGGCGAACUACUUACUUUUUUGAGCCGUGAAAAUGUUUCCUGGCGGGACCCUUCUUGUACUUUUCAUAAAUCAGAUGAUUUUGAUGAGAAGAAACCGGCGUAACUGAGGCAGAAAAUCGGCAGAAAAUAGCAGACACAGUCCCGGAAGUCCGCGCUGAUUGGCUCCUUUCUGAUUCCGGGAAAACAAUCUCGUGUUGCGCGAUGAGUAGCGCGAGCCCUCUUUAGGAACCUAUGUUCAUAACAAGGCGGAGACUCCACGGUGCCGAAGUGUCCCAAAAACUUUAAUCACCCUAAGUUUUUUUGUUUUGGAUCAGUUUUUUAUUAUUUUCACAAUGGACGUAGCAACAUUGUUCGCCUUUGUCGUUAUUGGCUCGUUGACCGGCGACGAAAAACGUCCCAUCAUCAACCAGACUCAGCAGAUUAAAGUACCAGAAGGAUCUAAUUUGACUCUACAGUGUCAAACUGAUCCAGAGAUCAACCUAACAAACUUCACCAUGGACUGGAGGAGAGUGGACAUCCCAAAUGUCUCAGACCGCAUGGUCUACUCCCGUCGUCGUGGGACAGAUCAUCCUCAUCCACAGAUGCAGCGAUACAAGAACAGAGCAGAGCUGAUUAAAGAGGACCUGACCAGAGGACGGAUGACUCUACUGAUCCCCACAGUCCAGCAGUCUGACUCAGGACACUUCAAAUGCUCCAUCCCAAACCUGAGCGGCAGCUUUGUUUUCAACAUUGUCGUGACAGUGACAAAGAGAGAGGAUGUCGCCAUGACGACGUCUCCAGGAUACGGAGUCAUGAACCCCACUGUGUCUGGUCCUGUAGAGAAGAUAAACCACUGGAUCACUCUUGGUGCCUGUAUUUGUGUCCUCCUUGUUCUUGGUUUCAUCAUUGGAGUCCUGGUGAAGAACAGAGGGAUUAGGAUGCGCAGACAGAGAGUAGAUAAAGAAAUGGGAAUGCUGAGAUGAAGGAGACGAGGACAGAGACAAAGACGAGGACGAGGACGUCACCACAGUGAACGUGGUCAUGAACCUCCAGCAGGAUCAGCUGUGAUUCUGGAGGACUCUAUCUUCAGUCAUUUAACUCUCAUCUUGAGGACGAACUGCUGGAAUAUUUUAAUGAAUCUAUUCAUAUUAGAUGUGUUUAUUCUGUUAACUAUGAUAUUUAUUUCUGUGCUGCACUUUGACUUGAUGAUUGUUUUCUACCUAUUUUUCUUUGUAGAUAUUUUAGAUAUUUUAUUCUUUCUUUAAGCCAAAUCACAGUGUUUCCAUCAUGUCUCCUUCAAUAGAGUGAAACAGCCUCAGA